CCAGCGACGUAAGAUCCACAUCAGCUCAACAGCACUCGCUUCGCACAGGCCGCCCGCUCACUUCCCGCGGAGGCGCUGCCGGGCGCCGCGCUGCGCGGCCGCCUCCCGUCCCCGGCGCUGCCCCCUCCCGCCGUGCCACCGCCACCGCCUCCGCCGCGCACGCCGCGCCCCGCAGCGACCGGCUUCCUCUUCGCUGGGGUGGCGCUGGGCCCUCGAGCGCUCUGGUGACCGCCGCGGCCCCGCGCCCCUCCCCCGCUGCCGCGCACAGCGCACCCGCCCGUCGCUCCGCACAGGGUUGGAUGGUUGUGCCGGGCAGGGUGACUCCAGGAUGUUAGGGACUGUGAAGAUGGAAGGGCAUGAGAGCAGCGACUGGAACAGCUACUACGCGGACACGCAGGAGGCCUACUCCUCUGUCCCCGUCAGCAACAUGAACUCCGGCCUGGGCUCCAUGAACUCCAUGAACACCUACAUGACCAUGAACACCAUGACCACGAGCGGCAACAUGACACCGGCUUCCUUCAACAUGUCCUACGCCAACCCGGGCCUAGGAGCCGGCUUGAGUCCCGGUGCUGUGGCCGGCAUGCCCGGGGGCUCUGCAGGCGCCAUGAACAGCAUGACAGCGGCAGGCGUCACGGCCAUGGGUGCAGCGCUGAGCCCAGGAGGCAUGGGCUCCAUGGGCGCGCAGCCCGCGGCCUCUAUGAACGGCCUGGGCCCCUAUGCGGCCGCCAUGAACCCGUGCAUGAGCCCCAUGGCGUACGCGCCGUCCAACCUAGGCCGAAGCCGCGCCGGGGGCGGUGGCGACGCCAAGACGUUCAAGCGCAGCUACCCGCACGCCAAGCCGCCCUACUCCUACAUCUCGCUGAUCACCAUGGCCAUCCAGCAGGCGCCCAGCAAGAUGCUCACGCUGAGUGAGAUCUACCAGUGGAUCAUGGACCUCUUCCCCUAUUACCGUCAAAACCAGCAGCGCUGGCAGAACUCCAUCCGCCACUCGCUGUCUUUCAACGACUGUUUUGUCAAGGUGGCACGGUCCCCGGACAAGCCGGGCAAGGGCUCCUACUGGACGCUGCACCCGGACUCCGGCAACAUGUUCGAGAACGGCUGCUAUUUGCGCCGUCAAAAGCGCUUCAAGUGUGAGAAGCAGCCGGGGGCCGGAGGCGGGAGCGGGGGCGGCGGCUCCAAGGGUGGCCCGGAAAGCCGUAAGGACCCCUCCGGCGCAGGUAACCCCGCCGAGUCGCCCCUUCACCGGGGUGUGCACGGAAAGGCUGGUCAGCUAGAGGGCGCGCCGGCCCCCGGGCCCGCAGCCAGCCCCCAGACUCUGGACCACAGCGGGGCCACGGCGACAGGGGGCGCUUCGGAGUUGAAGUCCCCAGCCUCUUCCUCGGCGCCCCCCAUAAGCUCCGGGCCAGGGGCGCUGGCAUCUGUACCCCCGUCUCACCCGGCGCACGGCCUGGCACCCCACGAAUCGCAGCUGCACCUGAAAGGGGACCCCCACUACUCCUUUAAUCACCCUUUCUCCAUCAACAACCUCAUGUCCUCCUCCGAGCAGCAGCACAAGCUGGACUUCAAGGCGUAUGAGCAGGCCCUGCAGUACUCUCCCUAUGGUGCAACCUUGCCCGCCAGUCUGCCCCUUGGCAGCGCCUCAGUGUCCGCAAGGAGCCCCAUCGAGCCCUCAGCACUGGAGCCGGCCUACUACCAAGGUGUGUAUUCCAGACCCGUGCUAAAUACUUCCUAGCUCCCAGGACUGGGGGUUUGUCUGCAUGACCAACCUGGUAGCAGGAGAGAAAAACCAACAGCAAACGAAACCACACAACACCAAACCAACCACAUAACAAAAAUCCCAACUCUUUUUAUUUUUCAUGCACAAUUUUCCCCAGUGCAAAGGACUGUUACUUUUAUUAUUGUAUUCAACACUUGUUGUGUGUAUUAUUACAAAUACAACCGACUCCAUAUCAACAUUUUUUUCCUGCGAAGUUUAAUAAUGAUCCAUAAAUGUAUAUAAAGAAAAUCUUCCUCCUUCCUUGCCCUCGUCCCGUUCAGUCUUUCCCCUGUGGGCACCUCCUAGUCUGUGCAGGGCUUAUUUAAAAAAGAAAAUGGUCAAGUCUGUAAACUAUUUGUUUGUGCUUUUUUGUUGUUUGUUUGUUGUUGUUGCUGCCCCCUCCUUACCUAGGCCCAUCACAAGAGUUUACAGGUCUGUGGCAAUACUCUUAACUCAGUAAAGAAACGAAUAGACAGUAAGGGCUCUUGAGAGUACUGAAUGGCAGUACUGCCAUGAUGCCUCGGUAAGGUAUAAACAGGCUACAUACGUGAGAGCCAUUUGUUUUCAGCUUACAUUUCCGAUGCAUUCAGAUAGUGGAUGCCUUUAAAUGAAAUACACACAUAUAU